AUGUGGUCAUGCCGCUCCCCGAAAGGCCGUGCCCAGUUUGUCUCCUGUAGUGCCAUAGAGGAUCAUUAACUUCUCUGCACUUACUCAAACUUAAUUAUGAAACAUUCGCUGCACCUGAAUGCACCUUGAUCUCCUGUGGCGAUUGGAGGGGGCAGGAGGGAAAGUCUGGAAGCCCCACCCUGCCCGGAGCCGGCCCAGGAUCCCUGUCUUUCUCCCUCCCUUGCUCUUUUGGCGAGCAGCGAGACGUUAAUCUCUUCCAACUGGAGCAGCUUCACUCUGUUUUCAUCCCGAGAGGAGGCCAAAAGGAGCCGACCCCAGGUUGCCAUGACCUCUGCCAUCACCAGCUGUGAGCCUUCGCAAGCCUUGCAGAGAGAAGACGAUGUGCUCAACGGUCACACUGAGGGCCCAAACAGGAAGAAGGGGGGGCAGUCCAGGAGCCCCAGCAGCAACAACCUGGUCUAUAGCAUCUUGGAGGUCCCACCAUGGUAUCUCUGCAUCCUCAUGGGAAUCCAGCACUUCCUCACGGCCCUGGGGGGGCUCGUGUCAGUGCCACUCAUCCUGGCCAAGGACCUGUGUCUGCAGCAUGACCCCCUGACUCAGAGCUACCUCAUCAGCACAAUUUUCUUCGUCUCUGGCUUCUGCACUCUCCUGCAAGUGUUUUUUGGAGUCAGGCUGCCCAUUCUCCAAGGAGGGACAUUUGCUUUUGUGGCACCCUCUCUGGCCAUGCUCUCCCUCCCCACUUGGAAGUGCCCACCGUGGACACUCAAUGCCAGCCUGGUGAACACCAGCUCUCCUGAAUUCACUGAAGAAUGGCAGAAGAGAAUCCGAGAGUUGCAGGGCGCUAUCAUGGUCGCUUCCUGCGUCCAGAUGCUGGUGGGAUUCUCAGGCCUCAUUGGGUUUCUCAUGCGCUUCAUUGGCCCCUUGACCAUUGCUCCGACCAUCUCCCUGGUGGCCUUGCCUCUCUUUGAUUCUGCGGGCAACAAUGCUGGGAUCCACUGGGGCAUUGCCGCCAUGACCAUCUUCCUCAUCGUGCUGUUUUCUCAGUACCUGAAAAAUGUCGCUGUGCCCAUGCCCAUUUACAGAGGACAGAAGAAGUGCCGCGUGUCUAAGUUCUACCUGUUUCAGGUCUUCCCGGUGCUGCUGGCGCUCUGCAUCUCGUGGCUUCUCUGCUUCGUGCUCACAGUCACCAAUACCCUCCCCACGGCCCCCACGGCCUAUGGGCACCUGGCCCGCACCGACACCAAAGGCGAUGUCCUGAGCCGGGCUCCUUGGUUUCGCUUCCCUUACCCAGGACAGUGGGGCCUCCCCACCAUCAGCCUGGCUGGGGUCUUCGGGAUCAUUGCCGGGGUUAUCUCCUCCAUGGUGGAGUCGGUAGGCGAUUACUACGCCUGCGCGCGGCUGGUGGGGGCCCCACCCCCUCCGAGGCACGCGGUCAACCGAGGCAUCGGCAUCGAGGGUCUUGGCUGUCUCCUGGCAGGGGCCUGGGGGACCGGGAACGGGACCACGUCCUACAGCGAGAAUGUCGGGGCGCUGGGUAUCACCAGGGUGGGGAGCCGGACGGUGAUGGUCGCUGCCGGCUGCGUGCUUCUCCUGAUGGGCGUAUUUGGGAAGAUCGGGGCUGCCUUUGCCACCAUUCCAACCCCUGUGAUCGGAGGCAUGUUCCUGGUGAUGUUUGGUGUCAUCACUGCCGUGGGGAUUUCCAAUCUGCAGUACGUGGACAUGAACUCGUCCAGGAACCUCUUUAUCUUUGGCUUCUCCAUCUACUGUGGUCUCGCCAUUCCCAACUGGGUGAACCAGAACUCUGAGAAGCUCCAGACAGGGAUUCUCCAACUGGACCAGGUCAUCCAGGUCCUGCUGACCACGGGCAUGUUUGUCGGUGGAUUCCUGGGCUUUCUCCUGGACAACACCAUCCCCGGAAGCCUGGAGGAGAGAGGCCUCCUGGUGUGGAAUCAAAUCCAGGAGGAGUCUGAGGAGACUGCGAGGGCCUUGGAGGUGUACCGCCUCCCCUGUGGGAUUGGCUCCACGUCCUGCACGUCCUCCUGCGCCCAGCGUCUCCCCUUCUGGCCCACGGGGGAAGCUGGGAAAGAUGUCAGGCCUGCAGCGUUAACUCCUGCCCGAGUUUCCAGCUGGCUGGUCCGCCCCGCAGAUUUCAGAUUUGCAGUCUCCACGAUUGUGUGAAACAGUUCCUUAAAGCAAAAUACCUAAACCUAUACCCGCACCUAUACCCAUCCCCAUCCAUAUCCUCUUGGUUCUGUAUCUCUGACAGAUACAGGACUGGCUAACAAGGGAAAAGAUAUCAUCAGUCAAGAUACAGGUAGAUACCUGACUGAUGUCGGAAGAGUCCUAGGUGGGGAGGAAGGGAGGAUAAGUAGCAUCUGAGGGGAUUUUAAAGCAACAUAUCCAUCCCGGGCCGUGCCAUAUCCAGUGAGCCCUGCGGGGUGGGGAGCCGACGGCCGCUGGGGCUGAGGUGUGAAGGCAGGGGCGCUCCUCGCACAUGGCUGUGGGGAGAAAGGAUGCUGUAUUCCCCUGAGGUCCACGCUGACCGGGGGCCCCCGUAGCACGCGAUGCUCCAGGAAUGAGGACUAAACAGGAGUGGGGUGGGGGCUGGUUAGAGCUGGUUAGGCCCGCAUUCCUUGAGGACCUACUAUGUGCCGGCACCUCUGUAGAGAUUUCUUUCUUCCUUCCCAUGUGCUGCCUUGUUCUUGGCUGCUGGAGUGGCUGGGGGUGGUUGUGAGCACAGGUGCUGAGCCCCCCUCUUUCUGCUCAGCACAGCCCCCAGCGGAGAGCCCCUACCUGCCCCCCCCCAUUUUGGUUGUUUAUAAAUAGUGAAGCGACAGUCCUCGUGUAUCCCCCAUGGGGGGGCCUCGGGGGUGGGCUCGUGACAGGACAUGAGGUGAGGGGCCAGCACUGGGGCUCAGGGCAGGCAGGACUGCGCUCGCGUCCUAACCUGCGCCUCAGUUUCUUAUGUGGUCAUGAUGGGAAGCGGUAAAAAGCCAGGGAAUCCUUUCUGUUCACGCUCGGUGUAUUGGUGAGGGGUCUCCAGAGAAACAGAGCCAAUAGGAUGUAGGAUGUGUGUGCACGCACGUGUGUACACGCACGUCCACACAAGCACGUCUACAUAUUACAUACGUGUGCAGACACACGCAUAGAGAUUUUAAGGAAUGGGCUCACGUGAUUGUGGACGCUGGAAUGUCCCAAAUCUGCAGAGUAGGCGGACAGACUGGGAAGAGUUGCUGUCUGUGUCCAAAGGCAGUCACUGGCGAUUUCCCUCUUCCUCGAGCUCAGGCUUCAGGGCUAUUCGAUCCUUCAACUGAUUAGGUGAGGCUGACCCACAUUAAGGAGGGUAAUUAUUCUGUAUUUACUCAAAGUCUACUAUUGUAAAUGUUUAUCUCAUCUGAAAAUACCUUCAUAGAAACAUCUAGAAUAAUGUUCAACCAAAUACCUGGGUUCCGUGGUCCAGUUAAGCUGACACAUAGAAUCAACUAUCACAUCCCGUAUGCGCGGCCAGGAGCCUCACCAGAAAGCACUCGGAACACUCUGGGAUCUGGCUUGAACUCCAUUUAGGAGUCUUUAUUACCAGAAGCAGCAGAGGAAGCUGGUUCUGCCCCGAGGUCCUGUAGCUCCUACAGCACAUGAGUGGUCAGCGCCGUUCCUGGGCUCCCAGAGCAUGCAGGAUGAGUGAGUGGCCUCCAGAACUCUCUAGAACCCACCAGAACUAUGUCCUGACUCCAAAGUGUGCUGAAAGUACCCAGUGUCAUGGCACCUCUCGGGACAGACCCUACCUGUCCUUUCUUGAAAGGCCCGUGGCCCGGGCUCCAGCCAGGCUGCCCCCAGGACCCCCGUGAAGAGGAACACAGCAGGAGCAGGUGUGUGCCUUGGCAUCCGGCCAACCCCUCACACCAAACAACCCUGAGGGACUGACACGGGGCCACACUACUUUGCAAAUACUUUAUAACAAUCAGAAACGGAAACCAUCCAAAUGCUCUGGGACAGCCACUCCAAAAUGUCCCGGAAGGCCGAGGCAGGUACAGCUUUGGCUGUCGGCAUAGUACUUGGAAGCCGCCCACCGCCGUUCACCCCCUCCCUUCCCAGCCCUUGUGCGUCACAGGUCUUCAUCAUCGAAGGUCUCCAUGCACCUCAACAUGAUCAUCUCAUCGUCAACGGGGAGGUCUGGUUCCUGCAAAACACAGGGUGGAAGAGGAUCAGUUGUUAUUUAAGGAAUCCAGUCCCCAGGCAGAUGAGAAGGCCCCCAUGUCUCCCCGAGAGUCCACCCCAUCUCUUGCUGCAUCUUCUCUAGCUUCCGGCCAGGAAGUAAGGGCUACGGGGGAGGGCGGGGGGCAGGUCCCUUUUCCGUUUCACUCAACUCCACACUCUAUGAUCUUCAGAAAGGGUUUUCUUGGCUGCUUUUCCAUCCUGGGGGUUUCCAGGAUCGCGUAAGAGGGGGGGGGGGGGGGUGGACAGCAUCAAAGCUUGUUCCAAAUGCCCAUCAAUGGAGGACAGUGAGUUAUGCCAUGGUGCACCCACCGAGGGAAUACCAUGCAGCUAUUUGAAAUUAAAGGAACGAGAUGGUUCUCUCUCUGUGGGGUAUACUAUUUGAAAGGAAAAGAGUGAAGUACAAGGCAGUGUGCAGAGUAGACUAUCAUUUGUGUUUGAAAGAAUAUAUAAAUAUCCGUAGAGUAUCUCUGGAUGGCUGCACAAGAAACUGGUGACGGUGAUUGCCUUUGGGGAAAGGAAUGGGGGCAUAGCCAAGGGGCACUGGUAGGAGACUGAGUUUUCUUUGUAUAUCUUUUGGUAACUUUCAAGUUUUAAACUAUGUACAUGGGUUGACUAUUAGAUAAUUUUUUUAAGCAGCAGCACGGUGUGUGUUUAGCAGGGGUUUUUUAUUCCCUUUACAAUGGCCCCCACUGACCUGACUUGCUAUUACCUCUCCCCCUAAAAGUAGGUUCCUGGGUUUUGCUCUUCCUGUCUUUCCCCACCUUGGCAGAAAGUGACCCCUGUAGUUUGUUACCCUGCUGGUCAGGGGCCGGUCCCCUUGGGCCCCGGGAGGCAUCCCUAAGCCCAGUCAACCACCUCGUGAAUGUGGGACAUAGUCCCCCGGUGAUGGCCAGCUUGGGAGAAGACUCUGCUGACGUCCUCGCUCACGGUGCUCUACCGAGGAAGGCAGGGUGCGUGGGGAGCCAGCGUAUCCGAGAGGGAACCAGGUGGUCUCUAGGAAAGUCAUGUGGGCCCUUCAUUCAGGGUGAAGACCACAGCAAAGCUUGAGAAAAAGAGGGAGUGGAGCACAGGGGGCGCCAGGAGGCCAAGCAUCCCAGGAGGGGCCACACACUCAAGUCUGUGUCACACCAAGGGCUUGAAUGUUGUUCAGAAGGGUCCAGUUCCCUAAGCCCCCGAAAAUGGUGUCCAAGGCAUUUUUGAGCUGCAGAUUUGCAAAAGCAGCAGGUCGCGAGAGGUAUCUGCUGGUCUUGGGUGCUGAAUAGUAGCCUAUCCACCCCAGUUCACGCCCACCUGGGACCCUACUUGGAAAGAGGGUCUUUGCAGGUGUAAUAAGGAUUGCAAGAUGAGCUCAUCCUGAAUUUAGGGGGGGCCCUUAAUCCAAAUGACUGUUGUCUUUAUAAGAAGAUGCGAGGGACUGGGAGACACAUGGAAGAGAGAAGGCCAUGUGAAGACAGGGACCAUGACUCGAGGGAUUCAGCUGCAAGCCAAGGGCUGUGGGGGCCACCUGAAGCUAGGAAAAGGCAAGGCAGGACUCUUCCCUAGAGCCUUCUGGGGCGGCAUGGCCCUGCACCUUCUCUAGCUUCUGGCUACAUUUGGCCUUGAUUUGGUCUUCUGGCCUCUAGAACUGUGAGAGAAGACAUUUUUGUUGUUUUAAGCCAGUCCUAGGUGCUGUCCAGGUGCUGAGUGCUAACACAGCCUUCCUAGGACACCAUACAGGUGCUAAUUAGAGUUUCAUCCAACGACCUCGGUCAAGCUGACAGGGGAGGUGGAUGGGGAAGAGAAUGAGAUUUCCCUCUUUAUACAGCGUAUGAUGAAGGCUGGCGGCCUCCUGCCCCAGAGCCACCUGGCCAGCUUGUUCAAAAUACGCAUUCUUGGGGCCCUGCCUCACAACAGUGAAUGAGAAUCUCGGGUGCCGGGGCACCAGGAAUCUGCAUUUCCGGUUAGCUCCCAAGAGGAUUCAAGUUCGAGCAUCUCUCUGCUUUAUACGGAUACCCAGUCCUGCUUGGUCUUUCUUUUCUACCAUAUGCGGGGAAAAGGAAGCAGGGAAAGCAAAGACUGGCCUCGGUAAAGUGGACUGACUUUCCUGUGUCCAAGAGAAGGCGGACACAGCAGUAAGGGCCGGACGGCCAAGAGCUGAUGGGUGGUGCGGAGCAAGCGGAGGGGGGGCCCUGGGCCCCAAGUGGAGAUUCAGAGUGGUCUCGGCAGAGGCAAGGAAGGGUCAGUAGGAAGAGGGCCGCUAAUAGGAUGAUACCUUAACCUAUUGAAAAGCUGUCCUAGUUAUUUUUAGACAAGCAUUGUCAUUAUUACUGCUUACUUUUUUAUUUCUUUUAGUUUUUUUUAUGUUUAUUUUUGAGAGAGAGAGACAGAGCAUGAGCAGGGGAGGGGCAGAGAGAGAGGGAGACACAGAAUCUGAAGUGGGCUCCAGGCUCUGAGCCGUCAGUACAGAGCUUGACUCAGGGCUCGAACCCACGCACCGUGAGAUCAUGACUUGAGCCGAAGUCGG